UGCUGCUAACGACGACAACAGGGCGGCGAGGCAGCAGGCGGCGUUUGCGGAGGUGAAGGGAGGUCUUCGCUUCCAGUCGCCUCUGGACGAGGAGAGGAAACAAGGAGAGGGUUGUGGGCGACGGGCGGAGGGGCAGCUGCUUGGGAAGCCACAGACGCCUCCGCACCUGUCUCGCAGCCCUCGCCCCGUGGCCGGCCAGACACCGAGAGAGAAGGAGGGCGGCGGCGGCGGCGAGCAGUGGGUGUUGCCGGCGCCAAGCACCUGGCUCUGCUUCCCCCCCUUCCGUCGUCUCUCUCCUUCCUCAGUCGGCCGCCUCUCAGGGGAGCCCGCGCCGCGGCAGUAGUGGAAUCAGUGCGGCGAGGAGGAGGAGGAGGAGGAGCGCGCAGGCCGGGGAAGCUGCGGGCGGAGCCGCGACCUGAGCGAGAGACAGCGACAUUAUACACACCAGAGAGAGAGAAACCCUUUCCGAGCCGUCGCUGGCGCAGCGGCCGGGCGCUUUCUUUUCCUCUCCACACCCUUCUUCCCGCGACCCGUUCAGUGGGUGCUGGGGGUGAGAAAAUUAAAAUAAAAUCUCUGCAGUAGGAGCUGGUGGCGCGAAGAGGCGCUGGAGCCGCGGCGUGAGCGGCAGGAUGAACCCCAAUGUCACCUACGCUAGCCGCAAACGGCGGAAACCCGUGCAGAAAAUAGUGAAGCCUUCCCCUCCUGAAGGAGCCAAGUCUAAUCCAUCGAAGAGACAUAGAGAUCGAUUAAAUGCAGAGUUGGAUCGCCUGGCUGGUCUCCUGCCAUUCCCUCAGGAUGUUAUUGCCAAGCUGGAUAAGCUUUCUGUGCUUAGGCUCAGCGUUAGUUACCUGAGAGCCAAAAGUUUCUUUGAUGCUGCACUAAAAUCGUCGUGUUCCUCAAAGCCUGAAAGAAAUGGCAUCCAGGACAGCAGUAGAACUACAACGCCUAAAGAGGGCAUGACAUUGCUAGAAGGAGAACUUUUAUUACAGGCAUUAAAUGGCUUUGUACUGGUGAUCACGUCAGAUGCACUCAUAUUUUAUGUGUCUUCUACAAUCCAGGAUUAUUUGGGUUUCCAGCAGUCUGACAUUAUACAUCAGAGUGUGUUUGAAUUAAUUCAUACGGAAGACAGAACAGAAUUUCAGCGUCAACUUCACUGGGCUCUAGAUCCAAUGCCAUCUACAGAUUCUGGACAGAUAAUACCAGGAGAUAAUGGCUUUUCACAGUCAGCAACAUAUUAUAAUCCAGAACAGCUACCUCCAGAGAAUUCUUCAUUUAUGGAACGAAACUUCAUCUGUAGAUUACGCUGCCUCCUGGAUAAUUCAUCUGGGUUCCUGGCCAUGAAUUUUCAAGGGAGAUUAAAGUUUCUCCACGGACAGAACAAGAAAGGAAAGGAUGGAGCUGCUAUAUCUCCUCAGCUGGCUUUGUUUGCUGUGGCUACUCCUCUUCAGCCUCCAUCCAUUCUUGAAAUACGUACCAAAAACUUUAUCUUCAGAACUAAGCACAAACUGGACUUCACUCCUACAGGAUGUGAUGCAAAAGGACGAAUUGUACUGGGUUACACCGAAGCCGAACUGUGCAUGAGAGGAACAGGAUACCAGUUUAUCCACGCAGCUGAUAUGCUUUAUUGUGCUGAGAAUCAUGUCCGAAUGAUAAAGACUGGAGAGAGUGGUAUGACUGUGUUUAGACUCCUCACCAAGGAAAAUCGAUGGGCUUGGGUUCAAGCAAAUGCACGCCUUGUUUACAAAAAUGGAAGACCAGAUUAUAUCAUAGCUACACAGCGACCUCUUACAGAUGAAGAAGGGGCAGAGCACUUACGGAAGCGAAACAUGAAGCUGCCCUUCAUGUUCGCUACAGGUGAAGCUGUCUUAUACGAACUGACGUUUCCUCCGCCUGGCUUAAUGGAUUCUUCUCAGGCAAAGGUUAAAAGUGGCAUUGGUAAAGGAGCUGUUUCUAAGGCUACACUGCGCAAAGAAUCUGUUGAUCCCAAUUCACUUUUGGGUGCAAUGUUACAGCAGGAUGAAUCUGUGUAUCUCUGCCCACCUGCUUCAAAUAAAAUCUCCUUUGAAAGGAACUUGUUCGUGGACAACAGAGAUGAAUUGGGCAAUGUAAUGGCCAACAAUUGGCAGGAUAAUAUUUUAAUGGGGAAUAACAGCAUUCUCAAACAGGAGCAGACGGAGGGUCCCCAGGAAAGUAACUUGAUGCUUCCUGAAGCUGGCGUGGGCCUUUUUCAGGAUAACAAAAACAAUGAACUGUACAACAUCAUGAAAACUCUAGGUGUUGACUUUGAAGACAUAAAAUGUUUUGAGCAGGAUGAAGACUUUUUUAAAAGUGAACUUUCUGGUGUGGAUGACAUUAGAGACAUUGACAUAACUGAUGAAAUCUUGACCUAUGUUCAGGAAUCAUUAAAUAAGACUGAUCUCUUAUAUUCGGGUUGCCAGCAGCAACAAACCGUGGUUCAGAAUUCUGCCUGUUUAAUGCAGUUGGAGCAGCAGCAGCUUGACCAACAGCAGAAACAAACGGUGGUGGAACAGCAGCAGCGUCACCAACAACUGUGUCAGAAGAUGAAGCACAUGCAGGUCAAUGGGAUGUUCACAAACUGGAAUUCUGUCAACACCACACCCCUGAAUCCUGUGCAGCAACAGACGCAACCGUAUGUCUUUGCCGGCAUGCAAGAAUUAACUCAGGAGUUCCCUUACAAAUCUGAAGUCAAUACAGCAACAUAUGCAUGUAGCCAGGAGUUCAUUCCUUACAAGCAACCCACCAGCAUAGUGUCACAGCUUUCAGAUUUUACACAGAUCGACUUUCCAGUAGGAAAUUUUGAGCAUUCAACCUAUUCAGGUUCUUCUGGCUUGGAGGACUUUCUCAGUUGUUUGCAGCAGGUCCCCGAAAGUCAGACUUGUGGAAUAAACUCUCAACAAGUUAUAGUAACACCUCAGACAUGCUAUGCUGGUGCUGUGUCAAUGUACCAGUGUGUAUCUGAGACUCAACCAAACUGUACGGAGCAAAUACAAUAUAAUCCUGCGGUAUCGGGACAGCAAGCAUUGUUAAACAAGUUUCAGAAUAGUUUUAAUGGAGGAAACCUGAAUGAUGCAUAUCCAUCGCAGUUAGAUGUUGUCAGCACUCAACCUGGAACACAUCUUCAGCCCCAACAUCAUCCAACAGAAACCAGACCUUUCUCUGAUUUGGCAUCCAGUGGUUUUAUGUAAUUCAACACCAAAGUCCUGUGGAGAAUUGGAUCAGGACUGAAAUUAUUAAAUGGAGAUUGAAAACCAGAUGGGGUUGCACUUAAUAUGCAUACAUAUAGGACUUUUCAUCCAAAACCUGAUGUGUAUAGGUGGAAGUUGGAGCUGUUAUCAUGGCCUAAAAGUGUGCAUGUGUGAUUUUCAGACAAUGGAAAUUUGCACUAUUGCAAUAUUAUUACUCCGUCACAUUGCAGAACAUAAGAUAAGGCAAAUGGUUUUAUUGCUUAGAAGAUAAAAUGGGCACUUUGACAAUUUUAUUUGGAAUGCCAUAAGAAAGUUUAUCUUAGAUUAUUUUAGGCUUUCUUUAAGCCAGUGUUCUGAGCACAAGAGCAAGUGAAGCACUCACUUUUAUUGUAUACUUGCAUCUUUCCUUCAGUUACAUUAUUUAGUAUUUUUCAUUUUGUCCUUUUACUUUGCAUUUCAGGUUCUAGCACUUUAGUAGAAGGUUUGAUACAAGGAUUUGAUAUGCAACUCUAGGUUUUGUACAACCAAAUCCAUUGCAUUCCUCCUUUACAGUUAGCCUUAAGUGCCUCACAACAUAGCUACCUUAAUUCUGAAAGGAGCUGGUAGGAAAAUGAAACAUUCACUAUAAGAACUCGUCACCCCUACUCUCUGACUAUUGAGUAGUUACUUUGAUUUACUUUUAAAAGCUAGAGACCUAUAAACAGUAUAUUCCUUCUCUAUUAAAUGUAAUACUGUUUUUCUUUAAUAUGUCAGAUAGUUCUUCAUGUCCAGAGUUUUUACUUCGUUAAAGACUGAAAUUUUUGGCUUUGCGGUCUGUUGGUUUUCUGCAUAUUUCAGGUAGAGCAGGGUAAAAACAGGAAUAUUGUAGGAGAAAUUUUUCUCCUUGGGAUUAAUUCUGAAUUUCAAAUACUGAAGAAAAAAACAUGUGCCUUAUCUUGUGUUACAACACUUGUUGAAUGGUCUUUUUGAAAAGUACAAGGCUGCUCUAUGCAAAUACUUCCAUUUAAAAUAGUUCCUGAGAGAGGUUAAUUUUAAAAGCUAAUAGAAAGCAAUGUCUCAGCAGUAAAUAAUACUAACGUUUACUUUUGUAAAAAUUUCUACACUGAGGGUCAAAUUUUGAUUGGCUGCUGUUUUUCAACUGUUUCAGUGGGGAGAGGGUUUGCUGAUACUGAAUAUCAAUGACGAUUGCACUCUAAAGGAAAAAGCUAUCUUUCUAUGUAUAAAGACUUUAAAUGUCUUUAUUCAAAAAUGAAACUGAAAAUUUAUUUUAGUUCAAAUGCAGAGAGAAAUUAUCCUUGUAAUAGGAAGGAUAUUUUAAACUUUGUUUUUUUAAAAUGGAAAACAUUGUACUGGAUUUUUAUCUUAAGAUUUUUAGAACUGUAGACACCAAUGUUUGGUGUGUCAUCGUAGUUUAAAUGGGGCAGGGAGGGGAUGUGUACAUGUUGAAAGAACUGAAUUCCCAUUACAUGCUGUAUAAAUAUGUAAUAAGCACCACUUAAUGUCUUUGUAAAAUAUUUUAAACAACUUAAUUUUAAAGUGUUAUACCAUAUUAUUAAAAUGUAUAUUACAUACAUAUGUAUAAUGUAAAAUGUCAGUAUAGACUCUUUUUUAAGAAAAGAAAAGAAAAAGAAAGAAAAAUAAACCAACUCCCUCCAGGAUCGUGUUCAGAUUUUUGAUGAAAGAGCAGUUUCAGUCAAGUUUUUUUAAGAACUUAAAAACAAGGAAUGUUUGAUGGGGCUAUAUAUAGGUAGUGGGAAAUGGCUAGUGAAAGCUAAGUUGUUUUUUAAUCUGAAGCAUGGUAAAGAAUUUCUUCCCAAAAUUGUGUAACUUUGUCCUCUUGAAAAGAUGGCAAUCAGUUUAUAGAAUUUUGAAUUUAGGAUCUAACCAUUCUUUUAAAAAGCAUUACAAAGGAAAUACCUUUUUGAUUACAUCGUAUGUUUCAAUAAUAGUUGUAAAGAAGUGUAACAGUUUCGGCCAUAAUGUCCUUUAAGGCAUUGGGGACUUUAUUUUGGCCAUCACUAAACGUAUUAGCUUAGUAGUAACUUGAUUCUUUCGGAAUCUUUCAUGUGAUCUUGUUUCCAAACUGUUCCUGUAGUGUUCUGUUUUGAUUUUUUUUUAUGAGAGUAAUGAUGACAAUCAGUAGUUGUACUGUAAAACAUAAAGGUUCAAAGGGAUAAUGUAACUUUUUUUUAGAAAUAGAAAAGAAAAAAAUAUCACAACCCCACAACAAAUAAAGACUUGUUUAUCAUAUCACUUCUGCUAAACCAAAUAUUAUCCCAUCACUAAGUGCCAAGGAUGCAGUACAAUCUGGUGUACUGCCUUAUUGUAAGCUAGUUAAUUCUGUUACGCAUAAUAUCAGCUUGUUUUCUAUAUUAGUUGUGCCUCUAUACAACAAACCUGUGUAUUGGUGGUGCACUGUUGAUCUACACCAAACUGUUCUUCUCAAAAGUGAUGAUUUUCUGACUUUAUUAUACCCUCCACCCUCCACUUACCCCAUUCCAUCCCAAAUCCAAGCAAAUUACUGCCUAGUUUUAAUCAGUAUUACUACCCAUUUUUGUAGAUUAUGCCUUAGCUUUUCUCUCUCCUUCUGUCCCCCGUCCCCUUUUUGUCAUCUGUGUUUUAUGUCAUGCAAUUAAUUUCUUGUGUGUUAGGGUAUAAUUUUAUAGUGCUUUUAAUGAGCUUCAGUAAAACUUGUAAAGCAUAAUAUAUGGUAAUAAAAUAUCACCUGAAUAGAGCUGAUAUGUAA